AUGGUGACCUGGCAGCCUCAUGAUUUGACUCCAGGAACAUAUACUUUUCAAGACCUGAGUGGAUGCAGAGGCUCAGGUGGCGCUGUAAUGCCGGGUUCAGAGAUGCCUAAUUUAGGGCCCUGCUCUACUGGAGUCUGUUCUCUGUCUGCAGUCAUCUCUAAUGUCACUGCAUGUGGGCCCGAGGAGGUUUGCCAAGCGGACAACACGUGCGCUGAGGCUCCUGAGGCUCCUAAGGCUCCGGUGGUGUGCACGGUGACGGGCUCCACGGUGAUCGGUUUCCACGGAGCAGUGCACUCUGUCCAGGAUCGCUGUGCCUACAGUCUGAUGGAGCCUGAAGGCAGCGCCAGCUUCAACCUCAUGGCCGCUUUCAGGGAGCGCCGGCGUACAGAUGUUCCUCUUCUGGACCACCUGAUCCUGUCGCUGCCAGGUGUGACCAUGUAUCUGGAGCAAGGAGGAAGAGUUCGGGUUGGUGAUGAAGCUCUGGAGCUCAACAGCACGGCUCAGCAGCAUCACGGCGUGGAGCUCUCCAAGGACCAGGCUGGAGUCACUGCUAAGUUACCCAACUCCAACAUGACUCUCUAUUUUGAUGGCAACACUGCACAUGUGUCAGGAAUUGAAGCUAUGGAGGGUUUGUGUGGCAGCCCGUUAAACUCCACCUGGACCACUACCCCGAUAGCAGAGAAGUCCUCUUCCUUCAGCCCCCCCGGCUGUGAGAUUCAGCAACAAGACACCAUCGACAGCUCCAUCAACUGCAACAGCUCAACUGACCACUGUAAUCUCAUGAGGCAGCCUCCCUUCUCCGCCUGUCACGAGCACACCGACCCAGAGCCGUUCAUCAGCGCCUGCACACACACUCUGUGCAGAUACCCGUCAGUGGAUGGGGUCGACUGCCACUUUUUGGAGGCUUACGCCAAGGCCUGCAGCCUGGAAGCCAACGUGACCCUGGAGGACUGGAGGUCAACUUCUGGCUGCUCCCCCCCCCCUCUCUGUCAGCAGCCCUGCAGUGAUCAUGAGUUCUGUGGAGCAGAGAUGUGGUCGUCGUCUCGCUGCUUCUGUCGGGCUGGGUUCGCCUCCAAGUACAGAGCCACCAAGUCUUUAGGCGAUCCCACGGUCUGCAGGCAGGACUCGGCCUCUGUGGUUCUGGCUGGAUGUCUGCUGGACGACAAAGGCAUCGACUUCUCCACCUUACAGCUCAAAGACCCCAGCUGCAAGGGCCACAUGGACCCCCAGAGCCACCUGGUGACCUUCAGCUUCGACAGCAGCGCCCCCUGCGGGACGGAGGUCAUGAGAAACAACAGCCAGAUCGUCUACAAGAACUCCAUCAGGUCCUCGAACAGCUCAUCAGGCGGAGUCAUCACCCGCAGCGACCAGUUCCAGAUCGACUUCUCCUGCAAGUACACACAGCCAGAGGUCAGGAGUGUGUCCUUCAGGAUCAAAGACAGCUCUGUGGUGCAGCAGCUUGUAUCUGGAGUGUGGAACUACACUCUGACGAUGAAAGCCUUCAGUGACGCCGGCCUCCUGCAGCCGGUCGGCCCGAACACGGAGAUCCUGCUGAAUCAGAAGGUCUGGCUGCAGCUGGAGGCGGGGGGGCUGGACUCCAACAUGGUCGCCAUGGUGACAGACUCCUGCUGGGCAACCAAUCAGGCGUCACCUGACAGUAAUCUGCGAUAUGACCUCAUCAUCAACGGAUGUCCGAACCCUGCUGAUGAUACGGUGCAGAUGCAGGGAAAUGGACAGGGAACGUCCAGCGUUUUCUCCUUCAACAUGUUCGAGUUCUCUGGAGCAAGCAGGGAAAUCUACCUGCACUGCAAACUGGAGCUGUGCCCCACACAGGGCCAGGCCUGCGCUCCGAGCUGUGGGGGGGGUGCUCGCAGGAGGCGUAGAUCUGCUAGAUUUGCAGAAGGAAACGCUGCCCUCAUCACGAUGGCCUGGAGUAAUUAA